CUAGGCAAUACUCAAUCUUGAUAUAUUUUAAUGACUCGAUUGCAGCUUACUAACAUCAUUUGCACUCCUUUACAAGUGGUCAAACAAAAAGACAAGAAGCUUCCCCAGACGAGAUGGCGCCAGUAUUCAGCCGGAGUUGCAGCUGCUAUAAGUCUGGUUGCGGGUGGGGCAUGGUUCGCGUGGCCUACUCCACUUCUUCCUCAUCUGUUAGCUCCAGACUCCCCUGUUCCUAUGACUCCAGAUGAAGUCUCGUGGAUGGUUUCCUGUGUGGAGGUUGGAUGUCUUGUGGUCCCGUUCCCAGCUGUUUACAUAUCUGACAAUUACGGACGCAAGUUCUGCAUGUUGCUCAGCGUCCCUCUAUACUUGUUCGCUGCUUUGCUCAUCAACCAUGUAAAAACCUUCGCUUCCUUGAGUUUCGCAAGGUUUCUGAUAGGAGCUGGAAUGUGCAUACCGUACACAAUCCUCCCUCUUUACCUUGGAGAAAUCGCCAGCCCCGAAGUGAGAGGAGCCGUGACGAGUUUCUACCAUAUAGCUUGGAGCCUCGGUUGUUUAAUACCGUAUUGUAUCGGACCUUAUCUUUCGUUUGAAACUUACAACUAUGCGAUAUUCUCUAUAGGAUUAGUGUUUUUAGCGUUCUUUAUUUGGCAGCCGGAAAGUCCGUAUUUUUAUGCCUUGCAGAAAAACUCAGUUGAGUUGACUAAUUCCUUGAAACGGCUGAGGGAUUCACCUUCUGAAGAUUCAAUACAGAUGGAAAUCAAAGAGAUUGAAAUGGAAGUUAUGAUGAGUCAAGAGGAAAGAGGAUCUUGGAGAGAUGUGAUUGCAACACCGGCAGACAGAAGAGCUCUUCUUCUCUUAAUGGCUCUCGGAACGGUUUCGUUCUUGAGUGGUCAAAAUGCGAUACUGACCUAUACUACAGAGACGACUUCCCUCUUACCUACCACCAUCAUAUCUCCUGAUAUCAUUACCAUUAUGGUCGGAGUUGUUAUGGUCUUUGCUAGUGUACUUAGCCUGUUCUUCUCUGAUAUGUUUGGAAGAAGGUUUCUCAUCUUAUCAUCAUCCAUCGGUUGUACAGUCUGUCUAGCUGCUACCUCAGUUUAUUUCUUUCUCUACUUUAACUUGGAACGAGAUGUUGCAGAUUUUUCUUGGAUCGCUCCAUUGGCAUUGUUAGGUUUUAACUUUUUUCUCACUUUUGGAAUGCACCCAGUUUGUGUUACGUAUUCUUCUGAACUUUUCCCUACAAAUACUAGAGGAGUGGCCAAUGGAAUUUUAGGCAUAAAUAUAACAUGUUGUUCCUUUUUUGUUCUUAAAACUUAUGAACCAAUAACAAAUUCUUUUGGGACUUACUUUGUUUAUUUAAUAUACACUGCAGUGUGCCUUGCGGGCACAAUUUUCUUUUAUUUCAUGAUGCCUGAAACCAAAGGAAAAAGUUUUCUAGAAAUAAAAGAGGAUUUAAUCAAAUAUUGUAAUACUUCAUAAUUUCAUACUUUGUAUUAAUAACAUUUAGGUUAACAAAAUUUCAGUGAUAAUUUAUUAUUGCCUGCUACUCAAAAGCAAAUACUAAUUAGAAAAAGAAAUAUUUGUAAUCAACAUUUUUGGA